AUGGCAUCCCAACUCCCCUCAUUUCCGCGCUUCGUCUUUACGAAAUUUGAGCCUAUCUCACUACUCUCCGGCUUCCUCCCCGCCAUCCUCAACCCCGAUUGGUUCACCCACCAGCAACUCCUUUCCCACCCCCCAUCCUCUUCACAAUCAACAGCCUACCCCCCAGCCUCCCGCACCACAACCCGCCAACUAGGCAACAUGUACUUCCUGGCCUUCCUCGUCGGCAUCGGCGUCUUAUACUCCCCUUGCGAGCUAAAGGUAGUCAGGAAUUACCUGAUUGCGCUGUGGGUGGCGGACCUGGGCCACAUGCUGAUCACGGCGGAGGCGCUGGGGUGGGAGGGGACGGUGGAUAUGUUCUUGUUUUUGACGAGGACGGCGUACUUGAUGGGGUUGUUUGGGCCGGAUAGGCCGAGGACUGUUGUGAUGGGAGCAAAGAAGACGGAGUAG